AUGGGUGAAGUAUCAUUAGUAUGUCCAAGCAAUUGGCAAAACUUAUCUUUCGAAGAGCAAUCGGUCUAUAUUAAGCAACAUUUGUCAGCAAACGAACAAUAUUCAUCCUAUUCAGUUAAUGAAAAUACAAAAAGAAUAGUUGUUUCAUUAAUUCCAAAUUGGUAUGAAAUGAUAAAGUCUCAUAAAGAUUUUUCGUUACCAAAUAUGACAUCCGUACAUGAAGCUCCUGGAGUCAGACAUUAUGUAUCCCUCUUCUAUUAUUUUGACGGUGGACUACCAAUCUUAUCAUUUAUUGAACACAAAGGAAAUGAAUUGGCUCUAGAAAGAUUGAGUGAUAUGCUGAAUCAUCCCUAUCAUAAAUAUGAAUUUCGUCAUGAUGCUUGGACAAUAAAAUGGAUUCAAAAUAAACAUGUUUUCAAUGAAAAUGUUGUGAGGAAAAUACAAGAGACAUGGAAAAACGAAUCACAUGAUACGUUUAAAAGAGGCGAUGAAAAUAGUCUUAAUGAAGAAGAUCAACUGCGAAAUGAAUUGGAUGAUCUAAUUGAAAAUGAUCUUUCUGAUACAGAGAUUAUCAUAUAUAAUGGAGGACUAAGUUUAUUACCAGUUACACUUGAGCAAGAUGGGCCAAAAAAUAAUACGGAUAGUCCAACUAUUGUGACAUAUAUUUUUUCAGAUAAUCUUAAUAAAUUUAUUCAGGAAUGGUACUAG